UCCUUCUGUCAGGCCAGGAGCAUCAACCACUUCUUCUGUGAGCUGCCCACCCUCCUGCAGCUCUCCUGCUCCAACACAAGCACAAAUGAUGUCUUGCAGGUUUACCACACUGUGUUAAACACCGUGGGCCCUCUCCUGAUGAUCCUGGUGUCCUACAUCUACAUCCUCCACACCGUCCUGCAGAUCCCUUUGGCCACGAGGAGGCUGAAGGUCUUCUCUACCUGUGCUUCCCACUUGGUUGCCAUCACCAUCUUCUACGCACCCGGGAUCCUCACCUAUGUCCAGCCUCAUGAGGCAUCCUCAUGGGAUCAGGCAAAGCUGGUGUCGGUGUGUUACUGCAUCCUCACCCCAACCCUCAACCCCCUCAUCUACAGCCUGAGGAACAAGGAGGUGAAGGGGGCUCUGCAUGAUGGGUGGAAGAAGGUGAAUGUCAUCAUCAAGGAGAGCACAAGGACUGGGGCUGCCUUGGUCCCCAGUGGGAUAAAGAAACAAAUUCCCCAGGAAGCUGUCAUCAGGCAGAGUAAGGACAGGAGGGUGACCAUGAGCAGCCAGCCCAGAGCUGCUGAGAAGGCAGGUUUGGAGAUCACCCUGGUGGAGAGCACCCUCAGGAGGCUUCCUCACCUCUGA